GAAAAUUAUAACUGCAAUUUACUAAUAAAUAAUUUAAUCUUAAAGCACAAUAUUAUUUUUAAUAUAGUGGAAACGUUAAGUCUUAAAUACAUUAAUAGAUUCUAAUUAUUUUAUUUAAAAAUCUAAUAAUAAAAUAAUAUGUCAAGUGAUUUAAUUUUUAUUUACUUUUGUCAUCAAUGUUUAUAUAACAUAACCUGUACAUAAUAUAUCUAAGGGAUUUUUUUCAAAUUUAAAAUGUAUAAGACUUCAAAAGUAGAAAUUCCGAAGCUAGAAGUACAAUGGUCUCCUGUACACAAAAGUAAAUUUAUUACUUGGGGACCUGACAUUCGAAUGUAUGAAGUUGUAAACACUACAGUAUCUGAAGGUUCUAAAAGUAGUGACACUCCUAAAGGUUUAUUUACAUUCAAUGAUCUAAUCAUAAUUUUAUAAAUUUGUUAUUAUACGAUGUUCAUUUAAUAUAUAGUGUAUAUUCAAACUUUUAUAGGUUUAUUAUUAUCUUCUAAUACAGCAGCUAAUUUGUUGGCAACAAGUACAAAUCAUCGUUAUGUUAAAUGUAUUGAUAUAUAUCCCAAACCAGACUCGGAAACUAUGUUAGCUAUUGGACAUGCAAAUGGCAAAGUAACUUUCUGUACAUUUGGUUUAGCAACUGUGAAUAAUACAUUAGCUGGACUUGAACUAGGACCAAGUAUUAAAUUAUUUAAUUAAAAUAAAUAUAUAUAUAUAUAUAUAUAUAUAUAUAACGAAGGUACUAAUAACCUAUAUAUUAUUAUUUAGUUUCACGUUGUUCUCGGCAGUGUAAUGCAAUUUCAUGGAAUCCAGUUAAUUAUAAUUUGUUAGCUUGUGGUUUAGACAAAUAUCGUUCUGAUCAAUGUAUACAAAUAUGGGAUGUAGAAAAAAGUCCAUUGAUAAACACUGAAUUAUCACCUGGAAAACCUUUUUUUGAAUUUGGAACAGGAGAUACUGCUCAUUCCUUAGCAUGGUUUAAUUCAUCACCUCAUGUUUUAGCUUUCAGUUGCAAUGGUAAAACCAUUCGUUGUAUUGAUAUUAGAGGUACUUAAGUAUUUUAUUAUAGUUUAAGAUAUAAUAUUUUAAAAUUAAUUCAAUUUUAUAAAAUAUUUUUAGAUGCCUCUAAAUCAACAAAUAUAACACAAACUCGAGCAGUGUAUGGUAUUGAUAUAGCAGUAUAUAAUAAUAAUCAUAUUGUUUCAUAUUGUGACAAUAGUAUAGUUUUAUGGGACUCUAGACACUUAGAAAAACCAGUUGUAACUUUAACACAGAGUAAAAGUGUACUUAAAGUUCAGUGGUGUCCGACAAGGUGUAACCUUAAUAUAUUAUUAUAGUAUAGGUAUAUAUUGAUUAGAUUUAUAAUAUGGUCAAAGAUGUAAAUGUGUAAAAUUGUUAUCCAAGAAAAGUUAUUUCCCUACAAAUUGCCAUUUAAAUUAGAAAUUGUUAUUCAUAUAGGUAUAAAUUCCAUAAUUUAAUUUUGUAUCUUACAUUUAAUCAUUUACUUUUUGAAUUAAAUUUUAGAUUUUGAUUGUUAUGAGAAAGAAAUGUUCCUAUGAUGUAUGUUUUUGUAAUUUUUUAUCUUUUAACAAUUUUUUUACUAAAAAUCUUGAUCCAAUCAAAAAAUAACAGGAUACUUUUUUGUUGCACUUCAGAUUUAGUUAGUUGAGAGGUAAUUUUUUUAUUUUCCAAUAGGUUUUCAUAAUAAUAAGGAAAAACUGGAAACAAAAAUAUAGGAGAAAAAGACAAAUACUUCUGGUGCACUGCAGCGUUACCACUUUCAUUGUUUUAAAUUCAAAGCACAGCGAAAAAUUUAUUGGUUUUACAAUCGAGUUUGGUAUUAUUUUUUCCUUUUUUCUUUAUCUGUGAGAAACUUUUCUACCAGAAAUCUUGCUCCAAUGUAUCAAGUAUAGCCCUUUUUUCCGUAAGAAAAUUUAAUCUAAGUGAUAAUUUAGAGAAGUAAUUUUUAACUUAUUUUCAUAAUAAUUGGAAAAACAAGAAAAUUUACAAAAAUAAUGCUUUUUUUUUGGUUGUAAUUCAGUUAAAAAUAUUUAUAGCCAUAUAAACAGAAAACUUAUAUUUGCCUUUUCGAAACUUCGUAAAAUUUUCAAAACAUUUGUACCAUUUUUCAUGCUGUUUAUAGACAUUUUCAUUUUGCAAGUUGUUUUACUUAUUUUGUGUUCAGUAUAUAUUAAAUGUGUUUAAAAUUGUUGCCUAAAUCGAAAUUGUUAAAUAUUUAUAAGGAGGUUUAAUAUAAGUCAUACUUUGUGGUAAAAAAAAAUUGAGUUUAAUGUACUUUUUUUUUUUUAAUAAGAAAUUUUAUACCAAAUUUUGAUGAAAAUUGUAAAUAUUUUUGUCUUUCAAAACAUUUUUAACUGAACUUUGCUCUAAAUUGUUUUUCAUUAGCAAUGAUUGAUUGUUGUAUAGAAAUAUGAACUAAAUUCCUUUACAAUUAUCUUACUUUCCAAACUUUUCGCCUACAACAUGGGGAGCCAUUAUGGAAGUAUGUUUGUCUUUUUAAGAUUGAUGGUUUCGACCAGAAAUCUUGCUUUAAUUAAAAAAUGUUAAGAGGCCUUUUUUGUUUCAUUUUAGAUCUAGUUGAUCCAAAAUAUAUUAAUAUAAUUAGAAUAUAAGUAAUUUUUUGAAAACAAAUUUAGGCAAUUUUAUGACUUUAAUGAUUUCAAUUUUGGUUUUUUUUUUUGUAAAUCGGUGAAUUAUGGUAGAGAUAUGAAAUUUUUACAAAAUACUUAUAUUACCCUUUUCUAGAUAUGAUAAAAUCAUUUUCAAAUAUUUGUAAUUUGAAAUUUUCUUUGGCCUCCAAUCUUGGGAACUAAUAUCGAUAUAAAAUAAAAUUAUUAUAAAACACGUUUUUAUUUUUUUUUAAAUUUUCUUACAUAAUUUGGUAAUUUUACCCAUUGAUAAUAUUUUUGUCCACCGUUAUUCUUCCUCAAUAAAUUGUCUUUGACCAUAACCCAUAACUAUGGUAUAUACCUAUAAAAGAUAUACUCUGCUUAGAGCAAAAACUCAUUUAUUAUUUUUAGUAAAAUGUUUAAGAGCAAAUAUAUAUUAAACCAUUGAUAAUUUUAUAGUUUUAACUACAGUAAAAUUAGCAAAAUAUCACUAUCGAUCAUUUAAUAACUAUAGAUUACUAUCAGUCACAGUCUCUGAAAAGUGAGGUAUAUAAUAUGUAAAAAUAUUAUAUAUUUUUAUAUGUUAAGCUCUUAAAGAAUGGUUUCGUAAGUGAUCAACAUAAUUUUCUUAAUCUAUACAUUAUUUACUGGUAGUUGAGUUGAAUUGUAAACAAAAUAAUGUGUACACAUAGUUUAUUAAAAUAUAAAUUGAAUUAGGUAUGUUUAAAUAGAAUAAAUUGGUAAAAUAUGUUUCAUAAAAUAUAAUUCAAAACUAUACAUAUCAAAAGGAAAUAAGUAAUUUAUAAUAAUGCAUUAUUUAAAAAAAAGAAUGUUUUACAAAAUAUUAGACUCAAUGACAUCGUUUUGUGGUAUUUUGGCGAGCUUCAAUUUGAUAAUCGAUAAUGCUGGUCAAUUAUUAUUGUUUUAUUAGUUUUAUAAAUAGAGACCAGAUUUUUAUUCUCUUAUAAUUCACAAAAGGCGCUUUAAAACGUCAAAAGAUCGCUGGAAAAAAAAAAAACUCAAAAAUAUUUAAAAGAGCAAAAAUGAAAGAGCAGUUCAAAAGUUCCCACUCUAAUGACUUAAAAUUAUUAAAUUAAAUUUCCUAACACUACAAAAAUGAUUCCCAUAAAAUAAUUUCUUUUAAAGAAAAUCAUACACAUUAUUAAAAAUAAUUACUUUUUAUUAAUUAUUUUUGUGGUGUUAGAAAAUAUUAUUUUUUAAGUUAAAUCUGAUUAAAGGGGAACUUUUGAUCUCCUCUUAUCAUUUUUUCUUUUUUCAGAGAUUUUUUGACAUUUUACAGCAUAUUUUUGUGGAUUAUAAGAGUGCGUGGAAUCCUAAGAAUAUUAUUGUAUUGUUAAUAUAAUUAAAUUGUAGACUGUGAAAACUAUGGUGAUCAUUGACAUCACCAAUGAAUUGAAUCUACGUGUAGUUCACUUACGAAACCAUUACCAACGUUUCAUAUACUAAUAAAUAAUAUAAUGUAACUAAUGUAAUUUACAGUGAUGGAAAAGUAAUUUUUAAAUAUGAAACAAUUUUAUUUCUUCAAAUUUAAAUAAGAGUAAAUUAUUUAUAUUUUUUCUUAUACUCUGUUUAUCAAAUAUACUAAUUUUAAAUAUGUAUAUAAAUUGUGUACUAUUUUUAUGAAAUAAACAUUCACGCAUCAGUUGAGUUUUAAAAUUAAAAUUAAAAUUCUACAAAUUCACUAAUCAACUUUUAACUAAUGGACAAUGGCUAAUUUUCAUAAUAAUAGUAGUAUGUAACACCUAACUAAAAAAUUAUAUUUUUGAAAAUUAAAAAAAAGUACAAUUCAUAGUUUUUUCUUUAACUGAUAAAUAAAAUAUUAGUAAUCCAUAUAAUUAUGGUCUAUAAAAGUAAACUUGUCAACAAACUAAAAAUGUUCAUAUUCAUAAAAAAUAAGAAUUUACUAGUUCAAAUUUACCUCUUGAAAAUUAAACAUGUUUAUAUCCAGUUCAUAUAAAAUAAUCCUUGUCCAAUCCAAUAACAUGUUCUUUUCCAUCACUGGUCAUUUAUCAUAAAAGAAUUAGGUAUUCUUAUUUGCUAUGCUGUGAUGUCAUCAGUUUAAAAGUUGAAAAAUUCUUUUUUUUUUUUCGUCAAAUUUUACCUGAAUAAAGAGACUGUAUAGUAUUUAUUAAAUUUAUUUAUCUUUUUUGUCUCUUUUUAUUAUCUUUAAUGAGUUUUCUCUCUUAACUUAUUGUAAUCCACAUAAUAAAUAGCAUAAAUAUUAAAAAGUGCCUACCUCAUCAUGUUUUCUUUUAUGCAAUAAUAAAUUUUUAAUAAUUAUUUUUUUUAUUAGGCAAAAUUUAUUAGGGUCAUUACAAAAGGAUACUAUGGCUAUAAGCUUACAUGAUAUGCAACAAAGCCUGGAAGAAGCAGAACCUUCAGCUUUAGAAAGAACUGUGCAUCCAGGACAAGGCAAUAUACAUCUUACUUCAUUUUCAUGGCAUCCAACUCAUGAAAAUAGGUUACUAGCCAUUUCUCAAACAGGUUAUUUGUUAUUAGUUUUAAGCAGAGCUUUGAAAUAUGUGCACUUAAAAUCUACAUACAAAAUGCCCUGAAAAAAAAAAAUUAAAAAGCAAAAAUGAUAAAGGAGUUUAAAGCCCCCCUUUAAAGGCUCUAACUUAUUAACCACAAUUUUCUAACACCAAAAUAAAUAUUCACAUAGAAUAAUUAUUUUAAGUACAAUUGUGGAUUUUAAGUCCAUAAAUUCUUGAACCUUGGUUAUUAAUCUUGUUUUUAAAUAUUUGUAUUACAUUUUUUUAAUCAAAUUAUUUAGGUGUUUUAAAUGAUUACUGUGUAUUUGAGAGAAUGACUCUAAAUUGGUCUACUACUUCAAAUAUUGCUUGGACCUAUGGACAGCAUAAUCUUAAAUUUAUAAGUGAUAAAGACUUAGUUUAUUCUUCCUUUGAAGAUGUAUCAACUAUUAUAAAAAUGCGUGCAUUUUCACAAUAUGGCAUUAAAGUACAGUUAUUUCAAUUAAUAUAGUUUAAUAAUAAGUGUGUGACCUUUAAACUUUUAGAUUCUGAAAAACCUAUGAGAAAUGUAUAUUGUAUAGAUUUUACUAUGAUGUGUGUUUUUGUUUUUUUCUAUUUGUUAAUAAUUUUAUCAAAAUAUUGUUUUGAUUUCUAAGUGUAAUAUCUUCUCUGAAAGUAAACUGUAUAUAGUUAAUUUAUCAGGAUGUCAAAGGCAAUUAUGUCUAGUUGGUGCAUUGAGAGGUAAUUUUAUUUUAUUUCCUUGAAGUUUUUUUAUAACUGAUACCAAAAACUUUCACCUAAUACUUGUAUUGGGCUUUUCGAGAUGUUUAAAAUAUUUUGGCUAUUUAUAAGAAUUUGACAUUGUCAAUUUUUUUUUAGUUUUAUAUAGAUUAAAUUUAAUUGAUCGGGAAAUAUAUUUUACAUAAUAUUCACAUUAGAUGUACUUAGUGGCUAAAAAUUCUAAGUUAUGUAACUUUUUUAUUAUUAGCAUUUUAAGUUUAAAUUUUAAAGAAAAUCAUAAAAUUCAUGGUAUUUCAAAACAUGUUUAACUGAACUUCACCCAGAAUCAUAUUUUAUCAACAAUGACAUAUUAUUGUUUAUAUAUAUGUAAUCCUACUUUUUUGACUUUUUAUCUACAACAGUGGCAUACCCAUCAACUUUUCUUUUUCUGUAUACAACUUUAUUUUAUUUAGGAUUUUGCAGAAAAUGCUAAACUCGUAGAUGAUCCUAUCAUAAAAAAUGUGUGGUCUUGGUUAGACUUAAAUAGAAAAGUCACUAGAGCUGGUAUUGUGCCUAUGACUCCAGGUGUACCAUUUCCUGGGAUAAAGUAUGUUUUAUAAUACAAAAUUAAUAAUGAUUUUUUAAAAGAUAUUUUUAAAAUAUAUGUAUACAUUUAUUUUAGGAUAUUUCAGGAUUUUUUUUAUCAAAUUAUUCUUUUAAUUAUAUUACCCAAUUUUUUUAGAUUUUUUUGAAAUAAUUUUGAAGACCACCAGCAUUGUUUUUAAGAAAAUUUGAAUUUAUUUAUAUUUAUAUACAUACAUAAAUAAUAAUUUUUAAAAGAACACUACACCUGUAUUUACUGUUUCCAUCUUACAAACACCUAACAGAGCAAAUUUGCGUUCAGUAAAUCAAAUUUUGUGUCUUAUGUUUUAAUAUUAAAGGUAGUUGACUUAUUACUUAACUUAAAGGUAAGAUGGAUUAUGUGUGAUGUUGAUUACACAUAAUUCAUCCAUAUCCAUAAUCCUAGUGUUGAUGUUUUUUUGAUAUUUUAAUUUAUAAGCAAGAUAAUAUAAUAAUCAUUUUUAAUUUGUGAUAUUUCACAUACUCAUAUCUUGUUUAAAAAAUUAAAAUAUUGAAAAAACAUAAACGUUAGGGCAUAUAUAAUCUUUUUACCUUUAAUUUUUGUAAUUAGUCGAUUUGCUUUGAUAUUAAAACUAACUAAAUUAACUAUUCCUUUGUCCUACUGAACGCAAAUUGUUAUGUGUUGCAUUUGUAAGACGCAUAUAUUAGAUAUGACAUCUUGGGCAUCCUCCUAAUGUAUUGUUAUAUCAAAAAUAAUCAUAAACAAAAUAAAAAAACACUACUAUUUUUUUUAAUUUUUUUUUUUAAAUUAAUUAUUCUAAAUUUUAGAAAAUGAAUAAUUUUAUUUCAAGUAAUUUAAAAUGUAACUCACUAUAUUAGUAUAACCAUUAACUAAGGAAGAAAUAAGUUAAACAUAUUUAAAGGCUGUUAAAGGGUUGAUUUAUUAAAAUUAUCAAAAAAAUAUUUAGAAUUUAUUAAAAUAUUAAUUUUUUUUUUUUUUUUUUGUUCUGAUAAUUUUCAAUAUAAUAAUUUUAACUUAAUAUGUGUAAAAAAAAUUAAUUUUUUUCAAAAACUGUACUUUACAUGAAAAAUCUAAAAAAAUUGGAAACAUAAUAUCACGUGAAGAAGAAUAUCUGUUUAAAAAAAAACUCUUGAAACACUAAUACAUAUAUAUAUUAGGACUGUUUUAGGUUUAGAUUCAGGAACUUUUUUGGCCAAAUCAGAAUUAAAACAUGUUCAGUGGAUUGACAUCCAAGGCACAGUAAAAACGUAUAAGUAUGUAUUACAUAUAAAUUAUAAAUUUUUAUAAGAAAAAAAAUGUAUCCCCGUGGGAAGGAAUCAGAAUACUCAAACAGUACUUGUACCUAUUAUAGAGACCUAACCUAACCUUGGACGAAUUGUCUCAUUUCGGGUGUAUGUGAAAACAAAUAAAAGAUGAUAUGUGUAAAAUUAAAUAUGAUUAGUAUGGUUAGAUAAAUUAGAGGGAAGCAUUAAGUGUUGUUUUAUGCGGCAAAAUAAAACUAAUGAGUCUUAAAGGUAAAUUAUAUAAAAGCCUGAUCAGACUGGCUUUGUUGUAUGAUUCAGAGUGUUUGGCGGUAGAAAAGUAAAACAGAGAUGAUAAUUGUCAGGUAGAUGAAAGGAUGGACAAGAGAAGAUAGGAUAAGGAAUAUAGUAUAAAAAAGUACAUAAAAGAUAGCAUAGACGGGACUUCAAUUGUGGAUAAAAUGACAGAAAAUAGAUUGAGAUUUCCUGAAGGAACUAACGCUAUUCUCUGAGACCUGUUAGUGAGGUAAAAAUUAAACUAAAAUAAUAGGGUAUUGCCAAACCGUAGUUGAUCCAAUGCAAUAGUUAAUAAUAAUUUAUGAUGGAUGCAAUCAAAGGCCUUUAUUUUUUAAGUUCUUUAUCAAACCAAUGGAGGAAAUUAUGAAAGUAAAAAAUAGAUUUUAUAGGGAAGGAAAAACACGGUUAAAGUUUCCAAAAGCGAUUCCUAAUUUUAUAAAGUUGCUGCUUUGGCGUUAAGAUUAUUAACAUUAUUAAACUAAUUAAACAAAUUUAAAUUUACUUUAUAAUAAUCACAUUUGUCAUAAUCCCUUUUGGUAAUUUUUAAGGGUGCACAUUUAAUGUUCAUAAAAUAAACAUUAACAAAAUAGUAACUAUACUAAAUGUCAUAUUUUGAAUGUAUUUCUUAUUGAAAUCAAUGAACUGAUUUAAUUUUUUAAAUUUUAUUUUUCAAUUUAUUUAGAAGUUCAGCUAGAGAAUAUGCAUUAUUUUUAUGUGAUUGGGGUUUUGAUCGUAAUAACACAUCACAUAUAUCCAUUGUGCUAAAAAAAUUAGAAAAUGAAAAUUCUUACACCAGGGCAGCUGCUAUUGCAAUUUUUAAUUUACGAAUGCGUGAUGCUAUAGAAAUACUAAACAAAGGUGCAAAUCAACAACCUCAUUUAAAUAUGAUAGCAAUGGCUUUAUCAGGUAAUAUUUUAUUUUUUUGAAUAUUGUUUUUUUUUAAAAAAAAUUUAAAUAUCUUAAUCAAUUUAUCAGUUCAGAUUGAAUAUUAACAUAAUAAGCAUCCAGAAACAUACAAUUAAAAUACUGUAACACUGGACAAAAUUAACAUUUUUGGUAUAUGAGUAAAAAUUAUAAGUAAAACGGGCAAUUAUAAUUUAGAUAAAAAAAAUAUGUAUAUCUGAUUUUUAAUAGUUUGUGCAAAUAUAACUUUAGCAUUUAAAAUAUUAUAAGUUUCCAUUUUAUACAUUCUGACCAAAACUAUGUAAUUUUAUAACUUGUAGUUUACUAUUUAUUUCUUUAAAAAAACUUUAUUUAGUAUAAAUAUAUUAAUUUUAAAUGUUAUAUAUUUCAGGCUAUAGUACUGAUAAGUAUAGCAUGUGGCGUGAAAUGUGUUCAAUAACUAAAGAAAAAUUGAAUGACCCAUAUUUGAGAGCAGCAUUUGCUUUUCUAACAUCUGAAUCUGAAUCUCAUGAUGCUGUUCUAGUAAAUAUUUUUUACCUAUUAUAAAAUCUUUUUUUCCAAAUAUUUAUAAUCUUUUAGAAUGAAGAUGGUAUACGAUUAGAAGAUAGAAUUGCCUUUGCUUCAAUUUUCCUGUCUGAUACAAAUUUAUCAGAAUACAUUAAUAGAAUAACAAAUAAGUUAUUAAAUCAAGGGAAUUUAACAGCAAUUUUUUUAACAGGUAUUAUUUGAUUAUAUUUAUAAAAACUUGGCUGUAAUUUUUUCUUUGGAUAAUUCAUUAUUUUUGUUUGUAAUGGAAUAUUAUUAUUUUAAAUUAAAAUUUAACCUAACCUUUUUUUUCUUAUGAAUUCCAUCUAACCAGACCACAUUAGCAUUGUUUUCUCUAGCUCGGCUUACUGUUGAUGUAACUACCUUUCAGAGGGUAAUGUAAAACCUAUUAGAUAGCUACAGACACCUAGCCACCUAGUCUGCUGUUUUUUCUUGUCUUAUCUUCCUUCAUCCAUCAUUUUCGAUUUAACCAUGAAAAAUGUUGAUGUUAUUUCUUUGCUGUUCAGUUUAAGAAAAUCACAAGCCUUUCACAAGACCACUUUCCUCCAACUUAUACCCAUAAGUGGAAUAUUUCCGUCAACUGUUUGACAAAAUUAAAAUUUCAAUACUAAAAUUUAUUUUAAUUAAUACUCCAUCUAUUUAUAGAACUUUUAAUAUAGGUUGCCAUUUGAAAAUCAAAAGUAGAUAGUAGUAGUGGUUUUAUACCCAAAAUUAAGGCGUUUGUUUUUUAAAUGUUCUAGAAAACAUUCUGGAAAAAGGUAAUACUUUCCAAGAUAAAGAGUGUUUAAGUAUUCCGUCUUCAAUUUUGUUGAAUGGUGUUGUUGCUGAUAAUAUUGAAAAUGCUUCCAAGUUAUUCGCAAACUAUUUUUCUUUAGUGUAUUCUGAUAAUUGAAAUACUGGAAACAUUUACUUCCCUUAAUGAAACAACUGGGGCGAGACCUGACAGUUUACCAUCUAUUUUUAAAAUUAUGGCUCUCUAUAUUUAUCAAACCUCUUCAUUAUUUAUUUAAUCUCUCUCUACUGGGUAGUUUUCCAAAUUUUUGAAAAAAUCUUAUAUUACACCUACUUUUACUUUACAAUCUGUAAAAAUCUCUUUUCACUACUUUGAUCAUUAUCCAGUAACUUCGGGUGUUCCACGGGGCUCUCACCUAGAGCCAUUACUAUUCCUUACUUUUAUAAAUGAUCUUAAGUCUGUCCUUGACAUCAAUAUUAAAAUUUUGUUGCAAAAUUAUACUUGGAUAUUAAAUCUAUUAAAGAUGUAAAUAUUUUACUAUCCUGUUUUAAUGAGUUUUACCAUUGUAGUGUACAAAACCUUCUCCCUAAAAUUGUAAUAAAUGCCAAGUGAUCACUUCCACACAUAGUAAAAUUUAAAUAUUUCAGUACCAAAUUAAUAAUUAUUCACUCAAUAGAGUAAAUUCUAUUAGGGAUUUGGAAGUCUAUUUUUAAAAUGAUUUAUCAUUUAAAUUAAACCAUAGAAUGAAAAUAAACAAAUCAUUUAAUUUCGAAUUCAGUUCACAUAUUUAGUCUAAUAACUAUUCAAAAUAUAUAAAUGAUUUCAAUAAUGUCCACAGUACAAGUUUUUUAAAAGAAUUUCUUAUGUUUCCAAUAUAUAUAUAUAUAUUACUAGAGAAACCAUUUAUGUUGAAAACUUCUUGAGCCCUACUCACUAUGCAUAAGACUUAAAGUAGCUGAAUUUUGUUAGUUUAGGAUAUCUUGAACUAUCUCGACUGAUUUAUUAUCGGAAAUUAGUUUCUGUAUACAAUGUAAGAACACUUGGAACUUAGACCUAUUUAAAAUUCCUUAUUACAACACCAACUGUGGAAACAAUACAUUUUUUCAAGGGCUCUUGUUUUAGCCAAUAGGAUUUCCACCACAUUAGAUUUUUUUUUACUUUCUCAUAACAUUUAAAUUUGAAGUCUAAAUAUAAAGAUUAUUAUAUUAAUUUUAAUUAUGAUAAAAAAACAUACUGUAUAUAUAUAUAUUUUUUUUUUCUCUUUGGUUUUAUCUAAAAUGUUACAAUAAGUUUUAUAAUUUUGUAAAAAAGGCAUUUGCCUGUGAACAACAAUAAAUAAUUAACUGGAUCACCUAGUAUAUAAAAAAAAAAUUAUUUUAACUUUUUUUUACUAUUGUAGGGUCAUCUCCUGAUUUAGUACCAUUAUUACAAAGAUAUUUGGAUAGUACAGGAGAUAUACAAACAGUUAGUAUACUAGCUUUGAAAAUAAUGCCAAGUGAAAUAGUUCAUGAACAUCCAGUAAUGAUGAAUUGGAUCAAUAGGUAAUAUUUUUACAGAUUUAUAUUUAUUGAUUGAUUACGUUUAUAGUAUAUGGAUAUGUGUGAUUUAAAUGUUUUUUAAUGGUUUAAUUAGUUAUCGGGAAAUUCUAAACCAAUGGCGAAUGUGGAAUAUACGAGCUAAAUUUGAUAUAUCCUUGAAAGCUGUAAAACCUCCACCUCAGAAUGUAUUUUUAUCCUGUAAUUAUUGUGGAAAAAUCAUUUGCCCAAUCACAGAUGAGAAAGACAAAGACACUGAAAAAGAAACAAAAGUACCAAGAACAAAAGACCAAAAUGAAAAUGGAUCAAAUAACUUUAAAGUAUGUUUAAUGUAUUGUAUAUGUAUUAAAGUAUUUAUAUAUACUACAUAAGUAGUAUUAGUAUAUUAUUACUAUCAGUCAAAAUUAUCAUAUCUAAAAAUUGAUUAUUUAAAUUUAUUAGAAUAUACACAGUCUAUAAUAAAGGUUACAAUAAACAUAUAAGCUGAUUAAAUAUUAAUAUAAACGAUCUGAAAGCUUGAGGAGACUAACUACCCAGCAGUAAAACUCAAGAAACCUUUAAUUUUUAGGCUUUUAUAUAUAAAUAUUAUGAGUUUAAUUUUUUUUAAUUUUUGUGUUAUGCAAAUUAUAUAUAACUGGUUAAGUGCACAUAAUAUAAAUUUCUGUGUUAAUCCAAUAGUUUAACUAUUUUAAUUUUGAAUUAUGAUAAAAUUACUUGUAAUAAUUUACCAUUUUAAUUAAAAUUAUUAUUGAACAUCUAAAUCAUUUUAUUCAAUUAUAAUUCAAAAUAUUUGAAAUUAUAUAUAUAUAUAUAUAUAUAUAUCUGAUAACUGAUCUUCAUUUAAAAUUAUUUAAAAGUAACAACUGAUUAUUACAAUCAAAUUGUUUUAAAAUAAUUUUCAUGUCUUAUUUGCCAUAGGCUGACUUCCUCUUUUAAAAAUCAAAUCUCCAUCUAUAACUGUUUACACAUCUAAAACCAUGCAUAAAACUAAAGAAAAGCAGACGAUUGCUCUACAUUAAACUAUAGGUUAAAUAGACAGAACUGUUUAGUAUCAUUAUAAUUAUUACAAACUUAAAAAAAUAUCAUUUACUAUAAAUGAGAUUUAUCUCAUUAAUUAAUUUCUUAGUGACUUUCUUUGGCCUAUCUCUUAUUUGUCCUUCUUUCAACAUGUUUAUACCAUCACAAUUCAUCAAUCUAUUUCAAUUUGCCUACUACACCUAUUAAUCCACUACAUUAUCUCGUACAUUCAUUUCCAAUAUUUUAGUCACAUUUAUUCAUUUUCUAAAAAUAUUAAUUUAAAAACCAUACAAAAUUAUAUUUACGGUUUCUAAUAAUGAUAUUUAUAUAAGGUAUAAUGGGCAUUUAAAAAUGUAAUGUAUUAUACUUUUCCAUAUUAAAAUCUUAAGUAUGUUUGGUGUACUGCUGUGUAUAUAUUAUUGUAUUGUAACCAAUAUACUUGAUUAUCUACAGUAACAAUGUAGAUUUAUGAACUAUUGAAUAUUAUUGUAUUUUCUUUACCUUGAUAUUACUUAUUUUAAAUAUAUUUAAUUAUAAUUUUUUCAGUUCACGUCAUGUCCCAAUUGUCAAAGUCCAUUACCUCGGUGUGCACUAUGUCUUGCACAUUUAGGGACAGCCAGUGCCAAAGUUCCAACAAGAAAAACAUCGGGCAAACAAACAUCCAACAGUUCUUAUGUUAUUACUGGACAAACUAUAAAUAGUUUUUCAUAUUGGUUUUCCUGGUGUCCUACAUGUAAUCAUGGUGGUCAUUCUAAUCAUAUCAGUGACUGGUUCAAGUAAAAAUUUUAAUCGUUUAAUAGUUUUAGCUUAUAAACAUACAUUAAAAAGAAAUAUUAUUUAUUAAUAAUUAUUUUCUUAGGAAUCACUUGGAAUGCCCAGUCGCUGAUUGUGUUUGUCGAUGUUAUUCUUUAGAUUCAACAAGUCGCUAUUGUUCUGUAUAGAUGUCUGUUAAAAUUAGCAGCAAAUUUUAGGAAAAGCAAUAAUAAAAAUAAAAAUUAACAGUAAUAACAAAUGAGUUUUUCUUUCUUUAACAUCAAGAUAAGAGAGAUAUUAGUCCGUUUUAACAGAAUAACAAGAAAGUAAAUAAAUAUUAUUAAAUUUAAGGGAAUCAUAACCAUGUCCUGUUUAACUAGGCUGUUUUAAACAGGAAGAAAUGGUAAUAACUAGAUAAAAACAUUUUUGAAUAUAAAUAAUAAAUACAUUUUGUUUAAAUAUUAAAUUUACAAUGAUAUAAUAAUAUUUGAUCUAAGUUUUUUAUACAUAAAAUAACAAAAAAAAAAUCUUAAAAAUGUUCAAUAAUAAUUAGUUUCCAAUCUAUAAAUCGUAAUUUCUAUGAUUUUUAGCCUGAAUUUAGCUAUAAAAAGUAUUAAAAAAACUUUACUCCAUUCCAAACGUAUUACUUUCAUCUAUAGCUAAUAAGAGUUUUUCGCAGAGUACAUUUUGUGUAGUAUACGGUGGUAAAUCAAGACGAUUGAAACAUGUAUGUGCUCUA